AUGGCGGGCCGCCGCUCCCGCUCCCCCUCGCUCUCCUCCCCCUCCUCCCGCUCCCUCUCCUCCUUCUCCUCGGUCUCCUCCCCGUCCCGCAGCCGCUCCCCUCCCGACCGCGGCCGCCCACCGAGGAAGCCCUCCCCCGCUCCGGUCCCCGACGAGUCGUCGCUCGUCCUCCUCGUCAGCCGCCUCUCCCGCAACGUCACCGAGGGCCAUCUCAGGGAGAUCUUCGAGAACUAUGGUGAAAUCGUCAAUGUGGAGCUGUCCAUGGACAAGGCGGUCAAUCUUCCUCGUGGGUACGGAUACGUUGAGUUCAAGAUGAGAGCUGAUGCCGAGAAGGCGCUUCUUUACAUGGAUGGUGCUCAAAUUGAUGGGAAUGUUGUUAAAGUGAAAUUCGCACCUGCACCGGGCCAAAAAGCUGCUGUUUCUUUGCCGAAGGCUCUUCCCAAUCCUCCGAAAAGAGAUCUGCCUGAGACUGAUACAGUUGUUCCUAAUGCUGAAAAGGCCACUCAGCAGCGACCCAGGGAAUUAUCUACUCAAAGAAAACCAGCUCUGUCUCCACAAAGGCGACCUGCUCCAAGCGGAAGGGUUGACUCACCUAGGCGGCAGCCUGAUGCACCACCAAUUCACCCUUGGAAAGAUCCUCCUCUAUUCAGGCGCGGCAGAACACCUCCUAGCCUGAGACCAGGAUAUCCAGUUCGAAGACGGUCUCCCUCUCCACCCCCUCGAAGGUUCAGAUCACCAAGGCGCUUUUCACCAAGAAGAGGUUAUGUUAGUCCAGUCCGAAGACGUUCUCCAUUCGCUCCUAGAAGGAUGACACCUCCAAUGCGGAUGAGAAGUCCUCCCAGAAGGCUGCCACCUCCUUAUCUUCGUAGUAGAUCUCCCAUUCGUCGACCAAUUCGCUCCCUUUCCAGAUCAAUUUCUCCUGUCAGGGGUCGAGCAGCUCCUGUGAGGCGUGGGCGCUCAUCCUCGUCAUAUUCUGAAUCACCAACGCCGCCAAGAAGGGGAGCCGGAAGGGUACUGAGAAGUCGCAGCCCUCAAAGGCCCUUUAGAGGGAGACGGAGAAGUGCCUCUAGCUUCAGCAAUAGUAGUGGUUCAUCCUCCCCUAUCCGCCGUUAGAACUCCAGACAUGUUAAAACCCUGGUAGGUAAAAUCUUUUUUGUCUCGUUGUCCUUUUAUCUCUGAUGAUCUGGUUUGCCUCUGUUGCUGUCAUCAAGCUUCGGAUCGGGUCACAUAUCAUUGGAACGAGCAUGCGAGUCUCUGUCUGAGAUCUUCGAAGAGUUGACUUUCGUUCUGUAGUGGAUUAGAGCACAUUAAUCGGUUUUCUCGUUUUGAAUUUUCGAUGAGACCUGGAUAUUUAUGUUGGUAAAUUUAAUUUUACGAGAUUGUUGUGCCCGCCCCAAAAAAUUGUUGUCGGUGGAUUCAUGUGUGCUUAUGUUGUUUAUGUUUGUCAAGUUAUUACACAUGUUAUUUUUGACA